UUCUUCCUGCCAUAACCAUCACAUCGGAGUUGUAUAGGGAGAAAUCGUUGAAUUUAUUUCCCUGUGGCUAGGAUAUCAACAGGAGAUAAUAGCUAUACGGUUUCCUUCUGCAGUGAUUUGUGCCUGAGAUGAUAGGGUUUACAAGGGAAUGACCGGAGUAUGGAGACAUCGUGAGUAGUACACGGACCGUAUCAAAAUCUGUCAUUUGACUAAAAAGUACAAUUCGCUUCACUGAACCAUUGGAAAAGUCGUGCUUUCCUGGACAAUCAGGAAACAUUUUGUUAGCACGUGAAAGGAAUCGACUUAGAUCUUCGUUAACGCUGUUGCUGUGAACAUUCUGGAGGAAUAGUAACUUCUGUGAGUGAAUUCCAUUCCGCCCUUUCCAACGACGACCACAACAUCAGCUUCACUUCCGAUUUGAUACUAGUAGCUCCUCUUGAAAUUCUUCACACCAUAAGAAUUUCUUUUGUCUGGUAUUGACACUUUCGGCGUCGUAACUGGUACUAACAACAUCACUGCUCGGCUGAAAGAGAAGAAGAGAGUCUGUAUUAAUUACAGUGCACUGCUUUUUGGUCAUCUUAAUUCUGAAAAUUUCGAUACAUCGUUUUCGUGCCAUCGUGACACGAUAAAUAAACUUCAUAGAGAAAACGUGAUUUUUCAUUUUGUUUCCCUUUCGCAACAACAAGUUCAAAGGUCCAGUUUUGAAAUAGAAGCCAAGCAAGUUGUGCGUGGUUUGCGGUAAUAAACCUCCUAAGUCCAUCUAUACACAGUACUUUGUAUUCCGUGCACUAAAUGUUGCAGGAGCGCAAUAUAGCGUCGGAAUUGGCCUGUCUAAGAUUUUUUUCCCAGCGGUGAAGAAUUUAUUACAACGGUUAUGACAGAAAGUGAAGCAUGUUGCACUUCACAACCAAUUCCUUCCUCUCCCAACUCAAAUCCUUUCAAGACUUGGCAAGAUGUUGUAGGAACUGACUCACAAUCUAGUGAAACAAACAUACCUGUGAACAAUAAUCCAAAUGAAGAGGGUAACACGCUCCCUCUUCCUAAUGGUGAUAUGUAUCAUACGGAAAUGGACUCACAAUUGACAGAAAGCGAUAUGCAACAAAGGACUAAAGAUCUUCGAAAGCAACUGAAACUUGACCUAGCUGAAUCAAACUCUGAUUCAAACUCUAGCCUUCCACCACCAAAGAGUUCUUGGUUAUUGCGGCUGUUUGAAUCAAAGCUAUUUGACAUGUCAAUAGCGAUUGCAUAUUUAUUCAAUUCCAAAGAACCUGGAGUUCUUACAUACCUUGGAAACAAACUAUUUACCUUUGAUGAUGAAGAUGUGAACUUCUAUUUGCCUCAGCUAAUUAACAUGUACAUCCAUGUGGAAGAAGUGUCAGAGGCCCUUCAUAGAUAUUUGGUGGAGAGAUGCAAAAGAAGUUUUGCCUUUGCUCUACAGGCUUCUUGGCUGUUGGAAGCUUACUGUGCUGAUGGAUGGCUACCAUCAAGAGAAUAUGCCAGAGGUGUCAAGUUACUACAAAUGAUUUUGGAUGAGCUCAGGCCAAGGUCACCCUUAAGUCCAUCUGGAUCUGCUGGUUCUCACACCUUACCUUUACCUGCUUCUCCAGGAGCCACAGGCUCAACAUUUACCACUCCACCAAAGAAAACUCACCAGAGAUCAAAAUCAGAUGCAACUGCUGCUAUAACAGCUUCUAGUCGUCUGAUGCAAUCAAAUGAAUAUGAAUCCCCAACUGGAGACCUGAGAUAUGGCCAUGCAUUUGAUAGCCGCUGUGCCAAACACUCACCAGCAGUAUCUCCCAAUGCCUCAAGUCCUGUUCUUUCUGAGCUAGAUCGCACUCCAGAUUGUGGCUGCCAGUCCCCAAAGCUGGUAGCUCAAAGAGAGUUCAUAAGUGCAUUGAUUGCAGUAGGAAAGAGGCUCACGUCUUUGCCAACAAAAGAACUUAAGACCUCUAGACUGUAUGCAGAGUUAUCACUCUUAAAUCUGAACUUGCCAGCCAAAGUGAGCUUACCAGUUCACAGUGGAAUUGGAAAUCAUUAUGUUGUCAGAAUACCACACACUGCGGCAGUGGUUCUAAACUCCAAAGAUAAGGCUCCAUACAUGAUAUAUGUUGAGGUUUUGUGUACUUCAGGAAAUGGAGAUGAUCCAUUCCCAACAAAACAGUUCCAACCUACAUUACGACAAACAAGGUCUGAAGAACAUUUGCCAACUUACUGCCGGUCAGAAGUUCCCCAGUUUGCAAUAUCAUCUGGUGGUGACUCUGACGAUGAAUGCUGGUCUACUGUGAUAGAAGAUAAAACAAAUCAAGACUCAGAGGAUGGCCCGUUUGUCGCUGCAGGGGACAUAAGACGAAGACUCUCAGAGUCUCUCAGUGCGCCUCAGGCCUUGUUCAAGAGAGACCCUGAAGAUCCUUCAGCCGCUGUCCUCAAGGAACCUUGGGAAGAGAAAGAGGCAAGGAUUCGAGAAGCAUCGCCUUAUGGUCACGUGCCUAAUUGGAAACUGUUACCGAUGAUCGUAAAGUGUGGCGAUGAUCUUCGGCAAGAACUUCUGGCCUAUCAACUGUUGCUGCAAUUCCAGGCCAUUUGGAAACAGGAAAGAGUUCCCUUGCGUCUUCGACCGUACGCUGUUAUGGUGACCUCGAGCGACAGUGGGCUUAUUGAACCUGUAGUGAACGCCGUGUCACUCCAUCAGAUCAAGAAAAACAGUCAGAUGUCACUCUUGAAAUACUUCAUCAAGGAGCACGGAGAAGUGAACUCGGAAGAGUUCCUCAACGCUCAGCGAAAUUUUGUCCAAAGCUGUGCUGCUUACUGUUUGAUCUGUUACUUCAUGCAAGUUAAGGACAGGCACAAUGGCAACAUUUUAUUGGACGGAGAAGGCCAUAUUAUCCAUAUCGACUUUGGCUUCAUUCUUUCGUGUUCUCCUCGAAACUUAGGUUUCGAAAGUUCCCCCUUUAAACUCACGCACGAAUUUGUAGAGGUUAUGGGCGGAAUUGACAGCGACAUGUACAACUACUUCAAAAUUCUGAUGCUUCAGGGCUUCUUAGCCGCGCGAAAGAACAUGGACAAAUGUCUUCAGAUAGUGGAGAUUAUGCAAACAGGUUCACAGCUUCCAUGUUUUAACCGAGGCUCGUCCACAGUCCCCGCAAUGAGAGAAAGAUUUCAUAUGAACCUAACAGAAGAACAGCUUGACACGUUUAUCAAUGAAUUAGUUGAGACUAGCAUGCACUCAUUGACUACUAAACUUUACGACGGUUUCCAAUACCUCACGAAUGGUAUUCUUUAACACGAGACUGGCUCGGCAGGCAAGACGGCUAGUUUCUAAUAUGGUCAAAGAAGUGUACCACAAAUUUGCACCGAACAGGGAGAUACCCCUCCCUCCCCGACUGAACGUUCGACAGUUCUUUUAAUUAAGUUUUGAAAGCACAGGGUACAGAAUGUAACAAGCCAGGGAAGGUUUCGAGAACACUUCAAUAAAUGAAGGAAAGUGUAUCAACUCAGAUGUAACAGUCAAUAUUGGGGGUACAUUUGAUCAAUGCGCUGUAUGCUGAAAAGGCAGACGGGCUUGCAUUCAUCUUUUUUUUUCCUAACACUCGAAGGGAACCUACAGGUGCCCAACAUAAUUGCAAAGGAUACGGGUUGGAUAUGUUCUUUUGUGAAGGAAAAGUCACUGGACAACGAAUUGGAUGGAAUAGCACCAGGAACUUUUACCAGGAAAACGACAAUUUCUCAGUUAUUGAACUAAUGUUGUAGAUAAAGUUUAAGUCAGCUUUGUGCUCCUUCAAUUUAAAUAAUGAGCUUCUUCGCAACGUGUCCUCGUUAAUUUUUUUGGGGUCGUGCAACGAUUUGUCAUGUAUAAUUCGGCGAUGUUUGGUAAUUUUGACGUCGUUUCCAAUUAAUUUGACUCUGAUGUUUUCUUCAAAUCCUUUACUUAAUUUGAAAAAUAUCAUCUAAGUAUUUUUAAAAGAAUUAAUAUAAUGACUGAAAAGAAACGGGUUUUAUGGGCUAACAAUGACAACCGUUGUGGGUGGUUAGUUCUAAUCGGCAUCAAUAGGCCAUUUUUCAGUUGUGUGCUUAGUUGCCAAGCCUUUGAUUUGGAGUGAGGCUGAAGGUGACCUUAGUGUGAUAGAGACCAGUAUCUAGUUAGCAUGAUAACAAAUUAAUUUGCAUCUGAAAAGCAGCAAGGUUUGUAUCAUAACAAGGCCGCCCUUAGCCUCAUUCCUGUUCAAAGGCUUGGCAACCAAGCACACAACUGUAAAAUGGACUAUUGUUAGUGUGAAAAGGAAAUGAAACAAGAUACAUGGACUCAGGAUAAAAUACUUCUAAAUGUAAUGUAAUUAUAAAUAAUUCGAGCUUCCUCAUUUUCAAAUCGCUGUAUAUUGUUACCUCUAGAAUUAUGGAUUCGGUUUUAUUUUAUUAUUUUUCAAAAGGAAUACACUCUUCACUUUCAUAAACCUUUCAUCAUGGACCUCAAAAUGAAAGAUGAUGUGAUGUGGCUGGAUUCUUGAGAACAGCCUUAAGUUUAACCUUGAUAGUUUUACUUAGAUCGUCGAAAUUGCUACUAUUUGAUUGCAGGCACACGUCUUGGUUUUCGUGCUUUUGUAAUGUCAAAAAAACUAUUGAUUAUCAUUUUGAUAUUUUGAACAAUUUGGUUAAUAAAAGGAGCUGUUCUUGCUCGCUUUUUCCCAC